AUUCUUUUUGCAACUUCUUAUCCCGGAUUCUGACAUUAUUUUCUCAGCUAUCAUAUUCGUCUAUAGAAAGCUUUCUUCUUUGUCACUUCAGUUGCCUAUCCGUGUCGUCGCAUCGAAUCAAUUCUUUUAUCGCCAAAAUCUUGAACCGAUACUGUGAUCGCCGCAAAGCCCGGAAUUUGGCACGGAGAGAACAAUAUAAGACGAUUAAAAUCUUUCUUCAAACAACUUUCGACUCAUACUAUUGUAUUAUAACGAAAUGACUGCCCCAGCCCUUUCAGCCCGCGGCGCUUACCGCCAGAUUCUCCGCGCUACCCGCAUUGCAUUCCAUGAGGACACUCGUGUACUCCUCGCCGCUCGUCAGGAGGUGCGCCGUCAGUUCGAUGAACAUAAGCGCGUAGGCAUCGAUACGCCCAUGCAGAUCAACCAUGCUAUUGAAGUGGCAAACAUCUUAAAGCACAACAUUGUGCAAGGAGUGAAAGAGGAGGGGAAUGAAGCAGCGAAGUGGGAACUCCGGAUUCACGAUGAUAUCGAGCGUGGUGACAAUGAUUCGAUUAAGCAUGCGGGCAAGGACAUCAAGAUUCAUAAGGCUUGUUCCGCAUAAGGUCGCUGUGUGAGAGCUUUCUACAAAGGAUGGACAUGAUAACACCAGCAUUUUUGCAUUGUAUUAUAGUAUACCCAA